GCGGAGAGCCCGGACCCAACAUGGCGGAAGAGGAGGUGGCCAAGCUGCAGAAGCACCUCGCCCUGCUGCGGCAGGAGUAUGUGAAGAUGCAGCAGCGGCUGGCGGAGACGGAGAAGCGCUGCGCCACGCUGGCGGCUCAGGCGAGCCGCGGGAGCGGAGGGGACGAUUCCUUUGUCUGCCGCUUGCUGACCAUUGUGGGCGAGCUCUACCAGCAGGACCAGUACAGUGACUUGAAGGUAAAUGUUGGCGAGAAGAGGUACAGCGCACACAAAUUUGUCCUGGCAGCCCGCAGCGACAUCUGGAGCCUGUCCAACUUGGCCUCUGUUACAGAACUGGACUUAUCUGACACCAAACCAGACGUUGCCAUGGCAAUGCUCCGCUGGGCAUACACGGACGAGCUGGAGUUGAACGAGGACGAUGCCUUCCUGAUUGACCUCAUGAAGCUGGCGAACCGUUUCCAGCUGCAGCUCUUGCGAGAAAGGUGUGAGAAGGGAGUGAUGUCAUCGGUGAACGUGAGGAACUGCAUCCGGUUCUAUCAGACAGCUGAGGAGCUCAACGCCAGCACCCUGAUGAAUUACUGUGGGGAGAUCAUCGCCAGUCACUGGGAUGACCUGAGGAAAGAAGACUUCAGCACAAUGAGUGCACAGCUGCUCUACAAGAUGAUCAAAUCGAGGACAGAGUUCCCGCUCCACAAAGCCAUCAGAGUGGAGCGCGAGGAUGUGGUCUUCCUGUACCUCAUAGAGAUGGAUUCACAGCUACCUGGGAAGCUAAAUGAACUGGACAAUAAUGGAGACUUGGCUCUGGACCUGGCGCUGUCCCGCAAGUUAGAGAGCAUCGCCACCACCCUGGUGAACAACAAAGCCGAUGUAGACAUGGUGGACCAGAGUGGGUGGAGCCUGCUGCACAAGGCCAUCCAGAGAGGUGACGAGUUUGCCUCUACCUUUCUCAUCCGGCAUUCGGCAAAAGUCAAUGCAGCCACAAAGGGCGCUGUGGAGACACCGCUGCACCUGGUGUGCUCCUUCAGCCCCAAAAAGCAUUCUACCGAGGUGAUGGCCGGGAUGACCCGCAUCGCCGAGGCGCUACUCAAGACUGGAGCAAACCCCAACAUGCAGAACAGCAAGGGCAGGACUCCUUUGCACGAGGCCGUGUUGUCCGGGAACGAGCCCGUCUUCAACCAGCUCCUGCAGUGCAAACAGUUGGACCUGGAGCUGAAGGACCAUGAGGGGAGCACGGCUCUCUGGCUGGCCCUCCAGUACAUCACUGUGGCCUCGGACCCAUCGGUGAACCCCUUUGAGGAUGACGCGCCUGUGGUUAACGGGACCUCCUUCGAUGAAAACAGCUUUGCGGCUCGCCUCAUCCAGAGGGGCAGCGACCCGGAUGCACCUGACGCUGCCACAGGAAACUGCCUGAUGCAGAGGGCAGCUGGAGCCGGACGUGAGGCGGCUGCCCUCUUCCUGGCCACCCAUGGGGCAAAGGUGAACCACUCCAAUAAGUGGGGUGAGACCCCUCUGCACACGGCCUGCCGUCAUGGCCUUCCCAGCCUCACAGCCGAGCUGCUCCAACAGGGGGCCAACCCCAACCUGCAGACAGAAAGCGCUGGGCCUGAUGCCGAGCGGGCCCAUGGAGUGUACCGCCAGACUCCUCUGCACAUGGCCAUUAUGCACAACCAUCCUGAUGUGGUGUCUGUCAUCCUGGAGCAGAAAGCAAAUGCGCUACACGCCACCAACAACCUGCAGAUUAUCCCAGACUUCAGUCUCAAAGACUCCAUGGACCAGACGGUGUUAGGGUUGGCACUGUGGACCGGGAUGCACACAAUAGCCGCUCAGCUUCUAGGCUCUGGGGCAUCUAUCAAUGACACCAUGUCCAACGGGCAGACUCUACUCCACAUGGCCAUCCAACGACAGGACAGCAAAAGUGCCCUUUUCCUGCUGGAGCAUCAGGCCGACAUUAAUGUGAGGACGCAGGACGGCGAGACGGCUCUGCAGUUGGCGAUCAAAAACCAGCUUCCCCUGGUGGUGGAUGCGAUCUGCACACGGGGUGCUGACAUGUCGAUGGUUGAUGAGAAGGGCAACCCUCCGCUGUGGCUGGCUUUGGAGAAUGGCCUGGAGGACAUUGCCUCUACCUUAGUGAGACACGGCUGUGAUUCGACCUCCUGGAGCCAAGGCCCAGGGGGCUGUCAGCAGACCCUUCUGCACAGGGCUGUGGAUGAGAACAACGAGAACAUGGCCUGCUUCCUCAUUCGCAGCGGGUGUGAUGUAAACAGCCCCCGGCGGCCUGGCCCCAAUGGGGAGGGUGAUGAGGAGGCUCGGGAUGGCCAGACACCGCUGCACCUGGCCUCCAGCUGGGGCCUCGAGGAGGUGGUGCAGUGCCUGCUUGAGUUUGGUGCUAAUGUCAAUGCACAGGAUGCCGAGGGUCGAACUCCUAUCCAUGUGGCCAUAAGUAACCAGCACGGUGUGAUCAUUCAGCUUCUAAUCUCGCACCCGGAUAUCCGUCUCAAUGUGCGGGAUCGGCAGGGCAUGACCCCCUUUGCUUGUGCCAUGACCCACAAGAACAACAAGGCCGCUGAGGCCAUCCUGAAGAGAGAGCCGGGGGCUGCUGAGCAGGUGGACAACAAAGGGCGGAACUUCCUCCACGUGGCUGUGCAGAACUCGGACAUCGAGAGCGUGCUCUUCCUCAUCAGCGUACAGGCCAACGUGAACUCGCGGGUCCAGGAUGCCGCCAAGCUCACGCCCCUCCACCUGGCUGUGCAGGCUGGCUCUGAAAUCAUUGUCCGCAACCUGCUGCUGGCCGGAGCCAAGGUGAAUGAACUGACCAAGCACAGGCAGACAGCGCUGCACCUGGCCGCCCAGCAGGACCUGCCCACUAUCUGCUCCGUGCUGCUCGAGAACGGUGUUGACUUCUCGGCCGUAGAUGAGAACGGCAACAAUGCUCUCCACAUUGCUGUGAUGCACGGACGUCUGAACAACGUGCGUGCCCUUCUCACAGAGUCCAACAUUGAUGCUGAAGCCUUCAACCUCAGAGGUCAGUCACCAAUGCACGUCCUCGGCCAGUAUGGAAAGGAGAAUGCUGCCGCCAUCUUUGAGUUGUUCCUGGAGUGUAUGCCAGAGUACCCUUUAGACAAACCUGACAACGAAGGGAACACAGUGCUUCUGCUGGCUUACAUGAAGGGUAAUGCCAACCUGUGCCGGGCCAUUGUGAGGUCUGGGGCUCGACUGGGGGUCAACAACAACCAGGGCAUCAACAUCUUUAACUACCAGGUGGCCACCAAGCAGCUGCUCUUCCGCCUUCUAGAUAUGUUGUCUAAGGAGCCUCCAUGGUGUGAUGGAUCAAACUGUUACGAAUGUGCAGCAAAAUUCGGCGUCACGACAAGGAAGCAUCAUUGUCGCCACUGCGGGCGCCUGCUGUGCCACAAGUGUUCCUUGAAAGAGAUCCCCAUCAUCAAGUUUGACCUGAACAAGCCUGUGCGGGUGUGUGACAUCUGCUUUGACGUGCUCACGCUGGGCGGGGUGUCCUAAGGCCCACCCACCACAGCCACUUCCUCCAAUCCAGGGCUGCCGCCGCCAUGCUGCAUUUUGACUGACGUGUUGGCAAGCCUCAGGCAGCCUGUGGACAGCACCCCCUGGGAAGAGCCUGGGUGAACUUUGGACCACUACUAUGUUCUUUUCCUCCAGUCCUUCAGCUGUGUGUGUUAUAGUGGACUUUUAAGUAGAAUUUAAUAUUCUGGUCUGGUGAUCCAAAUGUGCACAAAGACAAAAGUUGAGGAUUGAUGAGGACAUGGCACUCGGGGUUAUGUUUAGGGUAUUUGAUAGGGGCUGGGGGGUGUUACAGCAGUGACCCCUGAUUUUGAUCACAGCGUCUUAUUCAUGACUGUCAGAGAUAAACAUUCCUAUUGUAGUGGCUGGAAUGAAAUGAUGAGAAAUGGCUGCUAGGAUGUUCAUACCCAGUGGAGGGGUUACUACACAGUGGGGCGCAGUGAUUUCAGUAGUUGAUUCCUCGUGAUGAAAGCUUCGGCUCGAUUCCACUUUACGCUUUACAAUACUUUAUUCCUAGAAUUGUCAAUUCAGUGAUUGCAAAUACUCAGACACUAAUAUGGUAAACGUAUAGUGGUGACUAGACACCAUAACCAAUAAAUUUUGCUGCAUUUACUUUAUCUUUGAAAAUGUAACAAAAAUGUAACUUACACUAGUCACAGACAUUAGUUACAGGAAUAAUCAGUGGAUCUUUCUGAAACUUUUAUUUUCUGCAUGUUCACUGUCUUUGCUUUGUCAGAACUAGAUGAAUUUUACAGAUUUAACUUACUAGUCUGUAGUUUAUUCAGUUACUGGACUUGGUGACUGUCUCUUCUCAGUACAGGAUUCCUUCCUCUGUUUUGGAGUAUUCCGGAAAUUAGAAAAUGGCUUCGAGGAAACGGGGAGGGUGAAAAGCUGUAUUUGUACAACCGAGAAAGAUCUGUCAUUUGUAUGUGAUAAAAUGGUCAUUGUCUUUUGAUGAAAUCAUACUAAAAGCUUUCUAUGCAUAAGCAUGAGCUUUCCUUUGUAGCACAUUUUAAGUCUUGUUUUCACAGACAACCAAAGGAUAUGUCCAUGAACUCUUCAGAUCAAGCAGAACUUGUUUUAGGGACAAUUCAAGAAAAGUUCUGAAUUACCAGUAUUUUAAUUCUUCAUGUGACCUUAUAUUUCAAAUACCAUUAGGUUAACACUGCUGCAGGAUGCAUUACAUUUCGUAAUCAUUGUCGUCAUGUUGGAGGAAGAAUGUGAUCGGGGUCAAUGGUCCACUCUAGAUAUUGAUAAAUUGUACAGAUAAAUGUAUAAUAUUUUUGACCACUAUAACUGUUUUGUACUUAUGCAGUUUGUGCUUUUUGUCAAUGUGACAAACUUAAAACUUGCCUCAGUUAAUCUUUUAUGCACAUUGUUAACCUUUUACGCACAUUGUAUUGUAUCUGUACGCUCAGAUAUUUAGCCCAUUUCUUCCUCUAGUACUCAUGGAGAAAAAAAAAUGGGAGGACACAAAUUUACAUAAAGGUCAUCAGAAAACCCAAAGUGGACUUGUUAUUCAGUAUUGGUUUACCACCUCAUAUGUACUAGUUUUUUGUCCAUUUCUCUU